AUGGAACUCGUCGCUCAGCGGGCCGUUGAGGCUCGGUGGGCUAAUGUCGAGGACCUACCAUCGACGCCUUUGCAGAAGGUGAUCAUGGCGAUUCUGUUCUUAUUCACUUUGACUGCAUUCUUGACCUAUGCCUUGAGAAUGUACAGCAAAUGGACAUCAAAACAGAUUGGACUUGAUGACUGGUUCAUGACCGGAGCCAUGUUCUUCUCAAUGGCACUACUGGCUCCAACAUACAUGUUCUUCAAGUACUACUACGCCGGCUUCCCUACCGCAGCGCUACCUGCAGACUGGGAUCCCGCCCCCAUGCUGUUCUGGAAUUGGAUCAUGCAGGUUCUCUACAAUCCCAUCCUCGCGCUCGUGAAAUCAUCGAUUCUGGUAUUUUUGUUACGCCUAGGCGGGCAUAAGCGCGGUGUACGAUGGACCAUUUACGCCCUCAAUGCCGUCAACCUGGCGACAAUGGUGGCCAUUUUCUUGGUAGUGCUCUUUCAGACUCUUCCGAUAAACGCUUUCUGGGAUGCGACUAUUCCCAAGCAAAGGGAAAUUGAUGGACCGCUAUUUUACAUCGUUAGCGCCAUCAUCACCAUCAUCACCGACUUCUUCGUUCUCGCCAUUCCGUUUUGGAUCUUCCUCGGUUUGAAGAUGCGCAUGGCCGCCAAGAUUGGAUUGAUAGUGGUAUUCCUAGCAGGUGGAGUGUCAAUCAUUGUGGCCAUUCUCCGUGUCCACGAACUCCGAAAGAAGUUUUACAAUAUCACCCCUGGCUACGAUCCCCGAGACGGCAUUGGCGACACAUACAGCGCAAUCGAAGUCAACCUUUCCAUCAUCGCCGCCUGCGUCCCGGCUUUGCGGCCACUCUUCCGCAAGUGGAUGCCGGGCAUGUUCUCCAACAAGAGCAGCGCCGACAAUGCAGGAUACAACAGCAGUCAAUACGGUCGUUACGGUGCCGGCACUGGGAACGGCACGGGAACCGGUCGACUGAAUCGGAAUACUGUCGGCAAUGGGUUCCCGCUAAAGGACAUGCGAAGCACACACACCGAGAUCCGAGGCCACUCACCAGACGGUAGUGAAGAGGAGAUUAUGACCUACAACGGCAUCAUCAAGACGACCAAUGUUCAUGUCUCGUAUGAUGAUUCGGUUAUGACGGAUAAGGACUCAGGACGGGAGCAAUUGAAUUCGGAGAAGCCGGUGAGGCGCAAUAGCAAGUUCGGGGUUGGUUCAAAGUAA